AUGCUUCUACUAGGAUUUGCACUUUCUUUCACUUUGGUUAAUGCGGCUGCCUAUCAAAGAUUUCCGCUAGACAAAAAUAAUGCUGUGGUCUACCAGUUCCAUACAGCUGACGGCUGGGAGCACGACCCAACUUUACACAACGACGCUCGUGCCAAGACUAUGAUGCAACACAUGAAUCCAAGGGGGAUUUUUACUGCCGUGGUAAUUCCCAAAUCACGUAUGAGCAUCGUCGGUCCGUCACAGGGCACUCAAAGCCCAGAUGAAUACGCUCGCAACAACCCCAGUAAAACGCCAUUCCUUCUUAUGACCGGCGGAUUCUUUGUCGCUAGAUCACAUAAAUAUUUCGACGUGCUGCCCAAUGGUCAACCCGGCAAAGCCCUUCCACCAGGGACGUACCUGGGCUGGCCUGUUGGGCCGACAUCUACUACGCCCAAUUCAUUCAAAAUCGCGAGUCUUUAUAAAGACCAGUACGAAAUGCUGAAAAGCGACGACGGAAAAUCUUUCUUAACUUCAGGGCCAAGUUUAAAAAAACUACAGGUAGAAGAAAACCGCUUCCAGCAUGUCCCCCCUUAUGAUGAAGUCCCGGGAGGCCAGGCGACUGUAAUUAACCCUAACGAAAGACUUGUUUACGUGCAAUUUGGGGCUGAAAAAAUGGUGUUUACCUAUACAUCCCUUCGGACAAGGGCCGUAGGGAUUAACAAAAUGCGCGCUCUUAUUAAUCUUUUCCUGCAAACUUACCUGCACAAAGACAUAUCUGAUGCGACGGUCGCUCUUAACCUCGACGGCGGCAAAAGCGUCAUCCUCGCCUACCAGGAACCUGGCCAGCCGCUGAAACUCCUCGCCCAGGGCUUUCGCAAAGAGGAACAAAUCCCCGGUUUGAGACCCUUUCCUGCAGGAACGUCACGUACAUUUCCUACUAUGGUUAAAAUCGAGCUUGGUGGCCGCGCAAACCCACUGGGGAAAGUAAUGCGCCGCUCCGGGCUCCCGCUUGACCCGGCCAAACAUUGCGGGUCCGGUGCCACCGCUUCUCGGUGUUCUUUUGACCUGCCCUCGGACCACUUUCGCUGCUUCUCGCGUCUAAAAUCACAAUCUGCAAUGCGAGAUGAGACUACGCUGGCGAGGAGUCACGCCGCGGAACCAGAGUGA